GGGGGGUCAGUAGAGCCGGAACCCCACUAACACAACGCUAACGUAAGCUUGGUCGCCGAUGAAGGGCUGCGGCGGCCUGAUCCAUGCGGGCGACGAGGAAGAAGGGGCGGCGCUGGUGCCGCUUCCAGCAGCAGAUGAGCUGCAGGAGGCGCCGCACAAGGUCGUCGACGACGACGGCGACGCUGCUGAACGGACGGUUGAACGCCAGCCACCGUCGUCCUCGGCAACAACGACGACGAGGCCGUGCUGGAAGACGCCGCUCCUGUCACCGACGAAGGGCGCCGUGGGGCUGGUGAUCGGCGGCCUGGUGCUCCUCGCGCUGCUCGCCGGCGCCGGAUGGGUCGACCUGGACGCUUCGUUCCUGCGGGGCAAUGGCAGCGGCACCGGCGGCACCGGCCGUCGUUGGCGCCAUCCUCCUCGCCGCCAACGGUCAUCACCGCCCGUGCCCAUACCCUUCAGCUGUGGCAACGGGACGUCAUCGUCGUCUACGCCACUAUGCCGUCGCCCCCGCGUGGGAAUGCCACCACCGGCCGCGUCACCAUCUCCAGCGGCGCCGCCGCCGCCUUCGUGCCCGGACUACUUCCGGCACAUCCACUCGGACCUUGAGCCGUGGCGGGAGAAGGGGAUGAGCAGGGAGGCGGUGGAGCGCGGCCGGCCGAAAGCGGCGUUCCGGCUGACGGUGGUCUCCGGGCGCGCGUACGUGGAGACGUACCACCGCGUGUUCCAGACGCGGGACCUGUUCACGCAGUGGGGGAUCGCGCAGCUGCUCGCCCGCUACCCGGGCCGCGUCCCGGACCUGGACCUCAUGUUCAACUGCGAGGACAUGCCGGAGCUGCGCGCCGCCGACUACCCGGACACCUCCGCCGCGCCGCCGCUCUUCCGGUACUGCAAGGACGGCACCUCGCUCGAGGUCCUCUUCCCGGACUGGUCCUUCUGGGGCUGGCCGGAGGUGAACAUCCGCCCCUGGGGGCCGCUGAUGAAGGAGAUCGCCGAGGAGAACGCGCGGCUCCCCUGGCCGGACAGGCAGCCGUACGCGUUCUGGAAGGGCAACCCCGACGUGUCGAGAGCGCGCCGCGACCUCUUCCGCUGCAGCAACGACUCCGCCGCCGGCAGAGACUGGAACGCGCGGCUGUUCGCGCUGGACUGGGGCGCCGCCAGCCGGAACGGGUUCAAGGGCUCCACCAACCUGGCGGAGCAGUGCCGGUACAGGUACAAGAUCUACGUGCAGGGGCGGUCGUGGUCGGUGAGCGAGAAGUACAUCCUCGCGUGCGACUCGCCGAUGCUGGCCAUCGACACGCCCUUCGACGACUUCUUCUCCAGGGGCCUCGUCGCCGGCCGCCACUACUGGCCCGUCGACCCCGGGGACAAGUGCCGCGCCGUCAAGUUCGCCGUCGACUGGGGGAACGCGCAUCCGGCGCUGGCACAGCGGAUGGGCAAGGAGGGCAGCGGGUUCGCGAGGGAGGACAUGAGCAUGGACUACGUUUACGACUACAUGCUGCACGUGCUCACCCACUACGCUGCAUUGCUCCGGUACAAGCCUACCGUGCCGGACAAGGCCGUGGAGCUCUGCCCCGAGUCCAUGGCCUGCUCCGCCCAAGGCCGGGACAGGGAGUUCAUGAUGGAGUCCAGGGAGAUGUACGAGGCCGGGUACGAGCCGUGCACGAUGCCGCCGCCGUUCACGGCGGAGGAGGCGAGGGAGAUGGCCGCCCGGGAAAAGGAUGUGCGAAGAAAAGUAGUUAAAAUGGAGGGGAGGUAGCUGCUCACCUUACUAGAAAUGGUAGGUUAUAGUACAAAUUGAUUUACUGUGACAGAGAAAGAUCAACCAAUGAAACAGGAAAAUAUCCAAGAUGAAGACCAGCUUAGGGUAUAUAUCUUCUUUACAAAAUAAAUGGGUUCAAAGCAUUUGCAACCCUUUUCUUUUUCAAACGGAAGGUUUUGCUAAAACCUAUAGCAUCCGCUUCCUCCGAUCAAUAUUAACUUUGUGAGUAUGCAAAUACUAUGAUAUUAGAUUUUCAAAAACAUUACCUCAGGACUGUCACUUGUAAAAAUAUACCUCAACGAACCCCCUCAUCGCCUGCAAUUGCAGCGCACAAAUCUUGAAGCUCACAAGGCGCCACAUCAAAUCAUGAGAGCAAUUCGCCGUAAGUCAUCUUUAUUCACAUCAACAGGGAGGAGCUCCCCGGCUCCAUUACUCACAAAGAAGUAUGAAUGGUCAGAUAAGAAGUACAAGUCUAAAAAACAAAAAAGGAAAAACUAAAAACACAUCACAAACAUAUUGAGCUUUUGGGUGUCUCAGCAUCGCCAAAAGACAACCACAAGAGUCUCAAUUUAUCACAUGAAAGCACACAAAAAAAAACGCAGCAAAGUUGUGCGUAGAUAGGGAGCGGUUGCUUUUCCAAUCGCCUUUAUGCAUAGCGCGCCACAGCAGAUUCUAGGGUCUCCAAGGCUGAGACUGGAUUAUGCACGUUAUGUUGGAAAUAUGAGCAA